AUGAGCAAGAAUCUUACUUACCCCGGCACCUGUCUGGGCCCAGUUAGCGAUUUGGUGCCUGGAAACAACACUUACGUCCGGGAUUCUAUGAUUUACUCAUCUGUACUCGGCAAUUGUAUCAUCUCCAGGGACCCAAAUGUAGAGAAGGGAACCGUCUCGGUUGAGACAAAUCAAAUAAAGGCACCGUAUGUUGGAGCUGUUGUGGUAGCUCAGGUGACCAAAUUACAUCGCAAAAAGUUGGAAUGCAACGUGGUAUCUGUGGACGGAAGAGUUUUAAAGGACCCAUACAAGGGAGUGCUAGCGAGCACCAAUGUCCACGAAUCCAAAAACAUUGACGUCAUAAUCUCGGACUGGUUCAAGCCAGGUGACAUUAUAAAGGCCAAAGUGAUUUAUGCCGGUGAUGGAAAACAGAUUAUACUAACCACAUCGGAAGUUGAUUUGGGGGUCAUAAAGGCGCAAUCAGCAACUGGAGAGGAAAUGACUCCGAUUUCGUGGAAGUAUUUUUUAUCAAGAUCCGGUACCGUUGAAAGAAGGUGGGUAGUUGUCCAAUAA